AUCAUGGCAUUAGACUUCGAUGUCGAAACAUUCCUUCAUAACUUGAAGGCAACAAAGCCUCCAUAUGAGUGUCCAGUGGAGAACUGUGGAAAGGUAUACAAGAGUUUCUCCGGCAUUCAAGUCCAUCUAGACAACUAUGACCACAGUGUUGCUACUCCUGCCACACAGUCUUCAAAAUCUGCUCGGAAGAAGGGCAAGAGCCGGCGCGGCCAGGCGGACCGGUCGCCGUCGCCGGUGCCUUUCGAGCCCGUCAAGGUGUCGCGCGAGCCCAAGAUCAGCUACGUGGACGCCACCAAGAUGCUGGAGUAUGAAGCCGAUGGCUGCUCCCUUAGCUUCAGCAUCUCCGACAGGCUCACCAUCAUGUCCAAGGCCGAGUACGAGGCGCUGGUGCCGCCGCCGCAGGUGCUGCCCUCUAGCCCGGAGCCGGCACACCCUACGCCUGCCAAGCACGGGCCGGUGCGUGCCGGCCGCGCCGCCAGCGGCGAGGCGCGCCACCUGAGCCAGGCCGGCGACGAGCGCCGGCAGCGGGCCCUGCCGGAGGCCGCCUUUUGCGAGGGCGCUGACGACUAUCAGCUAGACGACGCGCCGCCCAUGCCCAACAACUACAUCAGGUUCAUCGAGAAGUCGCUGGACGAGCUGGACGAGGAGGUCGAGUACGACAUGGACGAGGAGGACGUGGCUUGGCUGGAGAUCACUAACCAGCAGCGGCGCGAGCGCAGCCUGCCGCCCGUGCUGGACCGCGACCUGGAGAUGCUGAUGGACCGGCUGGAGAAGGAGAGCUACUUCCAGUCCUCGCAGCAGCUGGCAGGUGGCAGCACUUCCUGGUGGCUGGAGGUGGUGGAGCCUGAAGUGUUGCGCGUGUACUGA